AUGGAGUCUUUUCCGGAAAGAUCCCUCAAAGUACAAGUCACCAUUUUGGCCUCUGAAUGGGGAUCGAGCAAAGGAGGGCUGUCCACCAUAAACAGAGAAUUAGCCAUUCAAUUCGCCAAAUGCCCUGAAGCGGAAAUCACUUUCUUCCUUCCAAAAUGUAGUGAAGAGGACAAAAAACUAGCCCUCCAACACAAGGUAACGAUUAUCGAGGCAACUCGCCGGCCUGGCUUAGAAGAACUGGAGUGGCUUCUCUUUCCACCAGAAAAUUUACAAAUAGAUGUAAUCGUUGGUCAUGGGGUUAAACUUGGCAAACAAGCUCAAAUCAUUAAAGAAUCUAAAAAGUGUAAGUGGGUCCAAGUCGUGCACACAGACCCAGAAGAACUGGGAAUGUUUAAGAAGUAUUCCAACCCAAUUUCCAAGGGUCAAGAGAAACAUAAAACAGAGGUGGAGUUGUGUGAAAUGGCAGACCUCGUUGUAGGAGUUGGGCCCAAGUUGAGUGAGGCCUUCCGCUCGUAUCUUCGAGGCUGCCAAAAGGAUGAAAGUGUAGUGGUCUUGACUCCUGGAGUAUUUAAAGAAUUUUCCAGCUUGAAACAGGCUGCGGAAGAAAGAAAACAACGCAGUAUAUUGGUAUUUGGUCGUGGGGACGCAGAGGAUUUCGAACUAAAGGGAUUUGACAUCGCUGGAAAAGCAGUUGCUGCAUUAAAAGAUACUCGUCUUGUGUUUGUUGGCGCUCCAGAUGGAAAGCACGAAGAAAUAGCGAAGGGGUUAACCGGAUGUGGUGUUCCUGCAAGUCGCUUGAAAGUAAGAGGAUUUAUUGAGGACCGAGAGAGUCUAAAGCGCUUGUUUCAGGAAGUGGAUCUUGUAGUCAUGCCUUCACGAACGGAGGGCUUUGGGUUGGCAGGACUUGAGGCCCUGUCAGCUGGUCUCCCUGUGCUUGUCAGCCGCAACUCGGGGUUUGGAGAAGCACUGUGCAUUGUACCAUUUGGUUCAUCCUUUGUAGUAAAUUCAGAGGACCCCACUGAUUGGACUGCAGCCAUCUCGAAAAUAUGGGCCAAGGACAGAAAAAGUCGACUUGAGGAAGUGGAAGCUUUGCGCGAUUCGUACGACAAGAAAUACAACUGGUCCAAACAGAUAAAAGAUCUUCUUCACAAGAUGAUCAGCUGGACUAACGGUAUGAAUGUCCAUUGCAUUUUUUUUAUUUUACUUUAACUUAAGCACUAUGACAACGCCUGCUGAUAAUGGUAGCCAUUUUUAGUUUUCUUUAUUUUAACCUCUCCUUUAAAUCAACAAUUUUUCAUGUUUAGGUUGGGCCGUCUACUCUGAAAAAUUUAUUUGGAUUACUUAAAACGCUGUCUUGAAUGAAAAGAAACAAAGUUUGUUUCUUCUAAAUGGUGUUAUAUACACCCAAAGUUUCCGGCUACUCAAAAUCCAGAAAACAAGAAACCUGAGCGUUUUUACUCUUCCAUACAUUCCUAAAAGACAACAAUCUUGUCUUUUUUUCUGCAGUUGAUUUUUCAAAUGUCCAGAGCUUCGCCGAAACAAUAGGUGGAACCGUUGUAUCUUCUCACCUGGCUUCUCAGGCUACACGAGGCACGACAGAGAAACAUACAGGUAGACCUUAAAUCUAAAGCGUGAUCGGAAUAAACAGCUUCGACGAUUUCUCUUCCGAUUCUGUUUUUGAUGGUCGGUUACGGUUCAAUACCGGAGUCACCUUUUAAAGCCUAUAAGAGCUAUCCCGCCAUAGAACUCAUUUUUAGUCUUUUGAGAAGAGGAUCUAGAGCAGAAAACUUGGUAGCGUUCACAGCGGUAGUAACUUAAUUUCGCAGUGAUCUAAGUCAUGGUCGGUUACGCGAUUAUUUCUUUCUCUCGGUGAGGAAUGCAUGACAGAAUAACUAAGCACAUAUGAUAAACAAUUUUAACCCUUCAAAGUUAAUUGUCUCAGUUCGUUCCUGGAUUACGUUUCAGAAACGUCUAUGGAUAUGACACUGAUUGCCUUUUGUAUCUUAUUUGUUGGUAAGGUGAGUGUAGGAUUGAAAGGAAGAAGAGAAACAAUGAGGAGGACAUCACGAAGAACCUUCAAACUGGAGCAAAGGCCAGAAAGACCAUGGGCGAUAUCGUGGCUUCCGGAUCUACAAGUAAGGGCUCAUGA